AUGGAGAAACCCGUGGUGAUUUCGCAACGGACGGGCAAGCCGAAGCGAAGAAAGGCCCACCGAGCGUGUAUCCACUGCCAACGAACCCAUCUGACAUGCGAUAACAACCGACCCUGUGAGAGAUGUGUGGCCCGAGGAUUCGCAGACACCUGUGUGGACGGUGUGCGUAAGAAACUAAAGUAUCUGGACGACAAGGAGGAUAAUAAGCCCAGUAAAGGCCUGUCACCUGCCCCUGGUGUGAACGUACAACCAAAACUGAGCCCAGCAACUCGAAGUGCUCGCUCUAGCUCUGCAGGCUUCCCUGAUACGAAGGGGAACAUGCAGCAACAACAUAUGGGUAAUAUGCCCGUCCCCAAUACCCCUCAGAAUGGACAUCCGAACCUAGGAACACCUGGCAUGGCCCACACAAACUUGCAGGGACCACAGCGACAGGGUGCCCAACAACCACAGGGAGGCCAGUCAAGUACUCCGUCACAACUUCCUGCAGACUACCUUAUACACCAGCAGCUUCUGGCGACGGAAAUCAACCAAUUAGGAGACCUGGGAAGAACUGGAGAAGGUGACUUUUCGUCAGACUGGUUCUCGGAUCUGCAAUUAUCGGGACACUCGUUCCAGUCCGUGGCUACUAAUAUGGAGUAUUCCAUCCUGUCAAACAUGGUGUACUCUUCUGGUCAACCAAACUCCGCAGUAAGCAACUCUUUGUUGCUCGGAAACAACUCUCAGUCUCCAAACACUCACUCGCCACAUAACCAGGACCAGCCUACGCCCCAGGCAGCUACUCCCUCAGCUAAGAUCAAACAACUCAUUGAGUCUAACGGUUUGUCGGCAAAGGAUCUUAACCAAUACCCACUGGCUGGAGAGUUCGUCAAUGAUACCUUCUUAACUGUGCCUGAAAUUGUUGCGUUUAACGAAACUAGGCGAAAUGUGAAGGACAGCGAGCUGACUACUGACGAGAAGUUGAGGCCUCUUUCGUUUGCUGUAGCAGCUGGCCAGCCGCAAAACACCAACGGCAAUGGAAACGGGAGUGAAGCUCCAGACUCGCCAAGCAAGUCCAUCUUCUCUUCAGGUGCUCUGGAAGCUGUCUACUCCAACUUACCUGACUACACCGACCCUAUCCAGGUCUAUACUAACAUCACAAAGCCAUUCAGCUACACUCCUGGAUACCAUGGACUCAUUUCUUAUCUGAAAGGCCGUUUCAACAAACAGCAGCUCGUCCAGAUGACUAAGUAUAUGGCUGAAUACAGACCCUCUUUUAUUGCCUGUACCAACUCGCUGAAAGAGGAGGACCUGGUGUUCAUGGAACAAUGCUUCCAGCGAGCCCUCCUAGAGUAUCAAAAGUUUAUUUCGUUUUCUGGAACCCCCACUCUUGUCUGGAGACGUACUGGUCAACUAGCUGCUGUUGGAAAAGAGUUCUGUCAGCUCUCGGGUUGGUCUGAACAGCGUCUCAUUGGUCAGCAGACCUUCAUCGUAGAGCUGCUGGACGACAAUUCUGUCCUCGAGUACUUUGAGCUCUUUUCUCGAAUCGCUUUUGGAGACUCAAGAGGAGCUACUAUGGCCGACUGUACACUACUUACACCGACCGGUGCUAAAAUCAAAACAUCCAGUAUCUGGACCCUAAAACGGGAUGUCUUUGGCAACCCCAUGAUGAUUGUUGGCAACUUCCUGCCCAUCUUGAGUUGA